CACACCGCCCUGCGCCUCAGCACGCAUCCGUCCCUUUGUCCCAGUCCUUGGGGAUAAUCUGAUUUUGCAGCGAGUUGUGUGACGGGGAUCAAAGGGCGUGCCACAGGGUAUCUAUUUUAGCCGGGGACCUGUUUUGUGAGGAGAGGAGAUUAACCCCUGGCCCUCCUGGCAAGGGACGGAUUGCGAAGGCAGAGGGGGCUUUAAGCAUGGCAGAUGAGAGGGAUUAAGGAGUUAAUUCGGCAGCGUGCCCUGGAAUAGUAAUUCCUUUCCCCUCCCAACAUACUUCGAGACGCUACAGCAUGCUGGAGCAUCGCUGGGCGCAGUCAGCGUGAUUGUGGGGGGCGGGGGGUACCUCCUCUCCGUUCAGCUGCGCUGCCAGUUAUCCGGGCAGCCCGACCCAUUGCAAAUGCCUGGCUUGCUGCUGCACACAAAGGGAUCCAGCCAGCCAGCCACCCUCUCCCGCUUUCUGCCAGCUUCUUAAAGGGAGCGCUGCAUGCUCAGCCUCACAGCUGCAGCGCCGGGUUCAUCCAGUGCAGCUUCACCUCGCUGUCAGGGGGUGGGGGAAAAGACAAGGGAAUCCCGAAGAGGCUUUUUUGCAGGAGCCGACCAAGGCUCAGAUGGAUAUCCUGGGUCUGCGGAGACCUGCCCCGUGAUCCGGUGCUCCUUGGUGGCUCCUGAGCUUUGCGCCUUCAGCAUUUCCAUGGUCCACCGGGUGUUGCAGACGCAUCUUUGCAGUACGCGCCUGCAUUGAUUUCGAUCCAGCAAGCGGAGUCAAGCCAGCAUUGAAGCAGCCCCCAUGCUGCUGCUUGGGGUUUGCGGUGAAGACGAUGCAGGCUCGAGGUCUCUGAAAGCCACAGAGCAAAUGGAGGGGGCGAUUUAAGAGCCGGAUCCAAGCGGGGAGAAGGAAUCCUUGCAAAGUGUGGAGGAUCGAUCAAGACGCGCGGCGUUGCCAGUUCGUUUGGUGUUUCUGGCUCUCUAGCAAGUUCAGCACUCGCGAAGGGGACAGCACCUCGGGUCGCCUCCGUCCUGCAGCAGAGCCCUAAGUUGGAGAGCGCCCCUCUGAAGUCUCCUGCAGCUGCAUUGUGAGGGACCGGCCCCUUCGGCGCACCGCAGUCGUGCUCUGCCACUCGAAAGGGGUCCUCUCUCUUUUGUCAAGGAGGGCUCGGCGAGAGCGCAAUGCAAGUCUCCAUCGCGUGCACGGAGCACAACCUCAAGAACCGGAAUGGGGAAGACCGACUCAUCAGCAAACAGAACACCACCACCCCGAACUCAGUCAAUGCAGCCCGGGCGAAAUUCCGGACGGUGGCGAUUAUUGCUCGCAGUCUUGGGACCUUUACCCCUCAGCACCACAUUUCUUUAAAAGAGUCCACUGCAAAGCAGACGGGCAUGAAAUAUAGAAACCUUGGAAAGUCUGGAUUAAGAGUUUCGUGUCUGGGGCUAGGGACGUGGGUCACGUUUGGAGGUCAAAUUUCAGACGAGAUUGCGGAACAGCUCAUGACUAUCGCAUACGAGAGUGGAGUAAACCUGUUUGACACAGCAGAGGUGUAUGCAGCUGGAAAGGCCGAGGUGAUUUUGGGAAGCAUAAUAAAAAAGAAAGGCUGGAGGAGGUCAAGUCUGGUCAUUACAACAAAACUCUACUGGGGAGGAAAAGCUGAAACAGAAAGAGGACUCUCAAGAAAACACAUUAUUGAAGGAUUAAAAGGCUCACUCCAGAGGCUGCAGCUUGAGUAUGUGGACGUCGUCUUUGCAAAUCGACCAGACAAUAAUACCCCAAUGGAAGAAAUUGUCCGGGCGAUGACUCAUGUGAUAAACCAAGGCAUGGCCAUGUACUGGGGAACUUCCCGAUGGAGUGCCAUGGAAAUAAUGGAAGCCUAUUCUGUAGCAAGGCAGUUUAAUAUGAUUCCACCCGUGUGCGAACAAGCAGAAUACCACCUUUUCCAAAGAGAGAAAGUAGAGGUUCAGUUGCCGGAACUGUAUCACAAGAUAGGAGUUGGAGCAAUGACGUGGUCCCCUCUCGCCUGUGGGAUUGUCUCAGGGAAAUACGCCAAUGGAAUUCCCGAAAGCUCAAGGGCUUCUUUGAAGUGCUAUCAGUGGCUAAAGGAGAAGAUUGUGAGCGAGGAAGGGAGAAAACAGCAGUCAAAGCUGAAAGAUCUCUUCCCCAUUGCUGAACGCCUCGGAUGCACCCUACCUCAGCUGGCUGUUGCAUGGUGUCUACGUAACGAGGGUGUGAGCUCUGUCCUCUUAGGAUCUUCCAAUCCGGAGCAGCUAAUAGAGAAUCUUGGUGCCAUACAGGUUCUUCCGAAGAUGACGUCCCACAUUGUGAACGAGAUCGAUAACAUCUUGGGGAACAAACCUUACAGCAAGAAGGACUACAGAUCCUAAUGCAUUGCAUGAUUAAACUGGACUGCAUGGCUAAAAUAGCGCUCUGUACUUAGUACAGUACCAAGUCAAUAAUAUCCUGAUUAGAAUUAUUCGGCAGUCUCUGUUGUUUACUAGAUUCUCCAAGGCGGCGUGCUACGCCAGAAUCCAAAAGCACAGCCGAUCUCUCUUUACAACUGAGAUUGCCUUUGCUUUUUUGCUUCUUCUUUUUUACUACAGUCAGAUUCUCCUGCACAAGCCCUGUUGAAACGAAUGAGAUCAUGCAGGACAUUGUGCGCUAGCAUUAAUUUCCGCAGAGUUUGUGCACAACUUCUCGCCGGGUCGUGCCCGCUCCCUGUUGACCCUUAUUAUCCUCUCGGCACUUCCCAUUUAUGCAGUGAAAAUACACAUUGUAAAGAAACAAUAAAAGAUUUCUUCUAAGCUUUAGUUACUUGGAAAUUAGAAGAAGGAUGUACAGAUAUAUUUUUUCAAUGAACACAAAAGCCAGAUACAGGUAUAGGUCAAAGACGCAUAUCAGGCAAUUUCAAGCAUAAAAAUUCUUCGAGCUAUCUUGAAGAUGAGUAAGUUUGGGUGUGUUUUUUUCCAUUUGCAUUUUUUUAUGCUGAAUCUGAGUUCUAGGGUACUAGCCUAGUUUGGACUUUGUUUAGGGGAGUAUGGGCUGUCCAUUUAAAGGCAGAAAAUCAAAGAAUUACAGAGGAUGGCAUCUAUGCCUGCCAGUUAUUUUCAGAUGCAUGUUGUAUAUGGUAGCUCCAGAUUCACUGGGGGGUGGGGAAUGGACUCGAUCCAUCCAAAGCUAAGCAACCAUUGGCUACACUUCUGUGCACACUUACCAGGGAGUAUGUAAGCCCUACUGAACACACUGGGAUUUAAUUCCAAGGAAAAGUGCACAGGAUUGAAUGCAUAUGCUUCACACUCCCCAUUGGGGGGACAGGGAGGCUUCACAGUGCUUAACUUAAGCUGGAUUGUAGCCAUUAGCUUUACUGCAUUUAAAAAUAAAAAGAGUAAAGGCUGUAGUUCUAUCACCUGCUUAAAGCAGAGGUGGUUUACCUUCGGCUCUCCAGAUAUUGCUGGAAAACAACACCCAUUUAUCCUUAACUGCUGGCCAUAGUGGUUGAUGGGAGCUGGGAGUCCAAAAACAUCUGGAGAGGGCCACAUGUUCUCCCUAGAGGUUUGCACCAUCAAAACAGAGGUCCCGUCCCCCACCUGAGUCAACGUGCUUAGGAUCAGGCUGAAAGAGGCUAGGCUAGGCAAGUAAAAUUCACAUAAUCAUUUUGCUGCUGCAAAAACGGAAAUAAAAAAUGCCAUAAUUUAAUGCUGUUUUAUUAGAAACCUGCUUUACUUUUGGCAGCUUGUAGACGUAGUUACUGCAACUUUGAUUACUUAAACUUAACUGAUAUAAUGUAUAAUAAAUGUACAAAAUGUGCAGAGUUGUACAAUUUUCUGAAGGUGUAUUGGAAAGGGUUUCAUUUCCCCUUUUGUACCUCCAUCGAAAAGCCUGAUGCAGUUUGUAAGCACUUCAUCACAGUUUAAUGGAUCCCAGGAAAUGUUUUCGUUUGCCCAACCUCCCCUGCCUUUUCUCACUUUGUUUCCAAACUGUAUUUAGGAUCAUCAUCACAUCACGGGUUUUGGUUCCCAAUCCUUGUUUUGGC